UAUCUAAAAUAUCUAUACGGACUACUAUCUAUAAUAUAGCAUUACUAUAGUAUACUACUAUUAUUUGUGUAGAGAAAUAUUUUCCAUUGAAAUAAGUUUUCUAUAAAAAUAAAAUUGUUUAUAAAUUAAAAUGGGUAAAAAAGGAAAAAUUGGAAAACAAAGAAAAGAUAAAUUUUAUCAAUUAGCAAAGGAAACGGGUUAUAGAUCACGUGCUGCUUUCAAAUUGAUUCAACUGAAUCGGAAAUUUGAAUUUUUACAAAAAUCUCGAAUAUGUAUAGAUUUAUGUGCAGCUCCUGGAGGAUGGAUGCAAGUUGCUCGGCAAAAUAUGCCAGUAUCUUCCAUAGUAAUAGGUGUAGAUUUGUUUCCUAUAAAACCCAUUCCAGGAUGUAUCAGUUUAAUAGAAGAUAUUACAAUGGAUAAAUGCCGUGUAUCAAUAGCACGUGAAUUAAAAACUUGGAAAGCUGAUGUUGUAUUACAUGAUGGAGCACCAAAUGUAGGUAAAAAUUGGCUCCAUGAUGCAUAUCAACAAAUUGUUUUAACUUUAAGUGCUCUUAAAAUGGCAACGUAUUUUUUGCGGUCUGGUGGUUGGUUUAUUACAAAAGUUUUUCGUUCUAAAGAUUAUAAUCCAUUGAUUUGGGUAUUAAAACAAUUAUUUAAAAAGGUGCAUGCAACUAAACCACAAGCAUCACGUACAGAAUCUGCUGAAAUUUUUGUUGUUUGUCAAUAUUAUAUUGCACCAGAUAAAUUAGAUCCUAAAUUUUUAGAUCCAAAAUAUGUUUUUUCUGAAUUAGAGAUAGAACCUACAAAUAAAUUGAAUAUAUUUAAUCCUACAAAAAAAAAAGAUAAAGUAGAAGGUUAUCCAGAAAAUGAUUAUACUUUGUAUCAUAAAUUAUCUGUUAAAGAUUUUAUAGCACAUGAAAAUAUUGUGGAAGCAUUGCAGAAUACUUCUGAAAUCGUUUUUGAUGAUGAGAUAAUAACUAAUCAUGAAAAAACAACUAAGGAAAUUAAGGAAUGUUGUAAAGAUAUUAAAGUUUUAGGUAAAAAGGAUUUACGAAAUUUAAUUAAUUGGUGGAAGAUAAUAAAGGAAUCUUUGAAAGAAAAGGAACCAAUAGAUGAAAAUACACAAAAUUUGCUUGAUGAAACAAUAGAAACAGCACCUAUGAGUCAAGAAGAACUGGAAGAUAUAGAAGAUGAACAAAUUAGAAAACAAAUUGAAGAACUUAAAGAAAAUGAAGCUAGAGAUCUUAAACGAAAGAAAAAAAAGGCCAAUAAACAGAGACAAAAAUUAAAUGAACGACUUAAUUUAAAAAUGAUACAUAAAGGAAAUGAAGGACCUAUAUUGGAAGGAGAUGAUAUGUUUAGUUUGAAAGAAAUUAAAACACAUCAACAAUUAGAAAAUAUAAUGGAUCAAGAUCCUAAUAUAUUAGCAGAAAGUGAUGUAGAUUCAGAUAUAGAACAAAAAAAAACAAAAAAAAUGAUAUAUAAAAAAGAUAAAGAACAUUUAGAUAGUUCAGGCUUAUAUUAUAAAUCAGAAGAUAGUGAACCAGAUGAUUCAGAUAAUGUUUCAGAUAAUGGUUCAGAUAGUAAUCAAUCAAAUUUAGGUUUAAAUGAAUCUGAUGAUGAAAAUAUUAAAAACAUUAAAAAAAAAAAUAAUAAUAUUGAAGAAGAUUUAGAGAAUCCUUUAUUAACUGAUUUAGAUCAUAGAGACAAAAAAACUAAAAGAAUUCACAAAGCAGAAUUAUGGUUUGAAAAGGAUAUAUUUAAAAAUUUAGAAGAUGAAAAAGAUGAAGAUUUUGAAUUGGAUAAAAUGGUUGAGGAAUAUAGAAAGAAAGGUGGUCAUAUUAUAGGAGAAGACAUUUCUGCAGAUAGUGAUAAAGAAAAUAAAAUAAAAAAUUAUAAAAAUAUAAAAGAAAAAAGACAAGAUGAUGAUGAAAAUAAUAAUGAUUUUAAUAAUGAUGAUUCAGAUUCUGAUUAUGAUGUGAAUAAAAUGAUGAAAAAGUCUAAAAGAAAUGAAAUUAGUAACAAAGAUAAUUCUCAAACAACAAAUAAUAAAUUAAAGAAAAGAAAACAUUUAUCAGAAGAAGAUUUAGCAUUGGGGUCAUUGUUAAUCCAGAAUAAAAAAACUCGAAGGAACUUAAUAGAUUCAGCUUGGAAUAGAUAUGCAUUUAAUGAUGAAAAAUUACCAGAUUGGUUUGUGCAAGAUGAAGAAAAACACAUGAAAAAUGUAAUACCAGUACCAAAUGAACUUGUUAACGAAUAUAAAAAACGUGUUGAAGAUUUAAAUAUUAGACCAAUCAAAAAAGUAAUAGAAGCAAAGGCAAGAAAAAAGCGUAGAGCGUUACGUAAAUUAGAAAAAGCAAAAAAAAAAGUGGAAUCAAUAAUGGAUAAUACUGAUAUUAGUAAUAAAGAAAAAGCAAAACAAAUACAAAAUUUAUAUAAGAAAGCUCAUAAAGAACCAAAAAAAGAUGUUACUUAUGUAGUCAUGAAAAAACAUAUGACACAAAAGAAAACGAAAAGACCACCUGGUGUUAAAGGACGUUAUAAAUUAGUUGAUCCGAGAAUGAAAAAAGAUUUACGUGCAACAAAAGCAAAAGAAAAAACUAAAAAACGUGGAAAAAAAAAUCAUGGUAAACCAUCUCAAGGAAAAUCUAAAAAUCAUAAAGGAAAAAAUUAAAGUAAUUUAAUAAUUUAAUUUAAUUUAAUUCUUUUGUUUUAUUCUCAUAUAAAAUGAUCAUAUAUUAGUAAUUUUCAUUUAUCCUGAAACUUCAAUAUUCAAUAUAUAAUUAAAAAUAGAAAACUAAGUAAUAAAUCUAAGUAAUAUCUACUUGAAUACAUGAUAGAUAUUAUUUUCCUUGAAAUUUUAAUAUUGUAUUUUGUACAUAAAUAUGCAUUGUGUAUAUAACUUUCAUAAUUAUUAUUAUUAUUAUUAUAAAUAAAUAAUAAAUUGAAUAUUUAAAAACUCAAUUAUUUGAAAAUUGCACUUCGUGAUCAAAAAUUGAAAUAUAUUUUGAUACAAAAUAUACAAAAUUGAAUAAAAAAAUAUAUAUAUUGAAAUUUAUUUAUAUUUUUAUAAUAUUAAAUAAAUAAUUAUUUGUUUUAUAAGUUUAUACAUUUUUAUUCAGUUUUGAUAUAUCAAAAUGUAUUACAAUUUUUUAUCACAAAUUGCAAUUUUCGAAUAAUCGAGUUUUUAAAUAUUCAAUUUAUAUAAUUUAUAUAAUUAGAUAUUUUAUACAUUUAUGUUACUAUAUAUUUUAUAUUUCAUAAAAUACUUCCAAAAAAUUUUAUAUAUAAAUUUAUAUAUCCGAAUUUUUUAAUUAUUAUAAAAAAAAUCUAUUAAAAUAAUAAAAAGUAAAAAAGUACAAAUAAAAAUAUUUGUUUUAAAAUGAGUUUAACGUAAUUUAUAAAAUCAUAUAGUAAAAUAAAUGAUAUAAUAUGCGAAAAAUAAAUGAUAUAAAUAAAUUUUAUAUCCACUUGUUCAACUAUAUGAAACCUCCUACUAUGAUCGACUUGAUAUUACUCCCCUUUCAUCUUUUUUGCUUUUUGUUACUAACUUCCUUCCUGGUGUAUUCCAUGCAUCGAACAUCUGAUGCAAUCAUAGCUGCGUAGUGUUGGGACGCUGUGGUCGAUGUCAAGGACAAGGCCGAUGGCAUUUAGAAAGAUCGUUUUACAUCGUCGUUGCAAUGAAAGUAGUCGAUAAAACUUUUUUUGGUUCGCUGCCAAAAAUCUCAUCAUCGUUCUCAUCGGCUUCAUCAUUGGUAUAUUUUUACAAAUAUAUUUCUACAUUUAUAUGAUAUGAUUUACAAUUACGAAUUUUCUAUCAUGUUCUUAUUUUUUUUUUAUUUUUUGUAACUCGUUAUUCAAAAAUUUUUUAUUAUCUAAGCAUUUGUUUUAAUUGGCAGAAAAUACCAAUUAUGAUAUAAUUAAUAUAAAGAUAAUCUAUUGCAAUGGUUGAUGUCAAGACCAAGUUUACUGAUAUGUAAAUUUCGUAAUACGAUGAAAUACAAUAUCUUUGGUACAAAAAAAUAAAUAUAUUGAAAGUUAAUUAGUUUCGAUUAUAUAUUUUUUUUUGAAUUUAUGUAAAAGCUUUUUAACGUUUCUUCUACAGUUAAUGAUUUUAUUAUUUUCAUUAAAAAAGAUAUUUAAAAUUCACAAUGUUAUAUUAUGUUUAUUAAUUUUUGCUUAUUUUUGUUGUUAUUCCGAAGAAAAAAUUAUUAAUUUUAUUUUAAAGGAUGAUCUCGAGAUAUGAUAAUAUUCACUCAUUUCAAUUUAGCCGCAAAUCAAGUUUGUAUUUGGCGUCAAACAUUUGUAGAUGCUGUAAUGAUAUUCAAAAUCUUUUCAAUAUAUUGACGCCAAUGCUGCUGAUUUUCAUAUUUUUAAUAUUUUUAUACAUAACAAAUAAGUAUAUUUUUAUGUAUAUAUUUCGCUUUGAUUAAUGUUAUGCAAAUAAUAUUUUUAUUCUAAUUUAUUAAAGAUGUAAAAUAUCAUGUACAAAUCUAGUAAAAUUAUUAAUUUAUAUUAUAAAAAAAUAAUUUAAUUAUAUAUAUUUAAAUAUGUAUAUUAUCGAUUUUUUUUAUUGAGUUUUUUGAAAAUUAUUUAUGAGAUAUGAAGGUUGAAUUUGGUAAAUUCCGAAGCCUUGAACUGAUCUGAUGGCUUUUAACUUGAGUUAAAAUUAUGAGAAAUUGCACCAGAAAUACAAUUGAGAAAUAGACUACAUAACAAAUGAAAAACAUGCUUGUUAAAACAUUUUUUUAAUAAUAUAGAAGUUUAAUAUGUUAUAAUAAUCAAUAACAAUAUAUGAUUUCAACAAUUUUAAAUAUUGAUAAAAUAAUUUUGUUUUUUUAUAAAUUUUGUUUUAUAAUGUUUUUUGUUUCAAAAAUAUAAACAAUAAAUAAUUGAUGUAUGUUACUCGGUCAAGUUUCCUGACUUAGACUCUUUUAUUUUAUGAAAGGCCAUCGGUAUCUGUGUUCUUUACGCGGUUGGCGCUUACGUCAAGGGCGACCUCGACUUUCCACCGUCUCUAAUCUGUACGAGAAUCAUUUGCGAGACAAGCAUUUCAUUUCCACAGUGUGUAACAUUAGAUAUAAGUAUUAAGAUUUUGUAAUCUCUUUACGAGCACAUUGAAUUUUUUUUUUAUAAAUUGCACAAUUAUUAAUUUAUUUAUUAAAUUAUUCUUUUCUUUUUAAUCUUUUCAAUUGAUUAUUUAUUGUUACUUGAAUAAUUUAUAAAAUAAGAUAGAUAUAUAAUUUCUAUUUUUUAUUUUAAAUUAAAAAAAUGUUUCUCUGAUUUUAUUUAUAUUAAAAUUGAUAAAUUAUCAUAGUUAUCUUAAAAAAUUUUAUUUUAUUUUUAUCUUAUUAUUAAAAUAUGUGUUAUCUUAACCUUUAAAACAAAGAAUUUAUUAAAAAAAGAAUUUUUUUGAAAAAAUUAUUUUAUUAAUUAAAUAUAAAUAAACAUUCAAAAUUAACUAAUGAAUAUUUUAGUUACUUAUCAUACAUAUCAAAUCUUGAAUAAUUAUUUAUAUCAUUUAUAUAUAAGUAUAUAAUAUAAACAAAAUAGUUAAAAUUUAAUUGUGUCCAAUGGAUAAAAAAUCUUAAACUUUCCAUUAUAUAUGCCGUAACAUUUACAUAUUCAUUUUUUUGAAAAGUAUAUUAAAAUUUUCUUGUAAUCUUUAUUUUAUUUUCGUUAUUUUCGAAUAUAACCUUAAAUCACAAAACUAAAAAAUAAAAAUGAAAUAAAUAAUAUUGAAUGAAAACAAAAUAUAGUGUUAAUAAUAAAAAUAUUGAAUAUAUGAAUCAAAGUGAAAUAAGUAAAUGCGAAAAAUUAGAUCGAAAUAUAAAAAAAGAUAAUCAAGUUAUGGAAGUAGUGGGGGUAGAUGCAACGAGACAAGGGCUGACGCGCGGUAAUUGAGAAUCGUUAACGCGUCCUCGAGAGAGAUUGAGCGACUGGAUUUUGCUAGGUCCUCUUUUACUCUCCGCAGCCGUUACCAUCAGCUUGUCUCCCUCUUUUCGUCUCGGUUUCCUAGCCACUAUGCUGAUGACCUUCAACCGUACAAGAGGGGAUGGACCUCGUUGGCUAGCGGGCCGAGGUAUAAGGUCAAGGUUGCUGUAGUCGGUGUGCACGGGAUAUGCGACCUCCAAAUGCAUCGAGCGAGAUGCGUGCGCAAUUGACGCAUGCGCACCAUGAGCCGGCUUGUCGUGCGUCGCAGCGUGUCGCGCAAGUCAUUGCCAAGGUCUUCUCUGGUCACGGGCAAACCGUUAUAAGUAGCGAUGGGCACGAACUGAAAUGUAAUUUUUAGACUGUAUUAUUAAAGAUCUAUGUACAUCAUUAGAUGCUUUUAGGAUGUUACUAAUUUAAAUUUUGACGAUUUAAAAAAAUCAUGCAUCUGCAUUGAAUAAUUUACAUCCUACAUGAUAUUGAAAUCUUCUAUGAAUGAAAUUAUUAAAAGAACAUAGUAAGUACCGGAUAUUUAUUUUCAUAUUAUUUUUAAUUAACAUAUUAGAUAGUGAUACAUUUUUUAUACAAUGAUAUAUCUAUAUACUAUAAUAUGCAGAAAGAAAUGGAAUACGUAAUAAUAGGAAAAAUAUGUGGAAAAUUAACGUUAAACGUUGAGAGUGGCCAUCUUGAAAUUUGAAUUGUAUUGCAUUUGUUUGUAUUUUUUUAACACAUUAUAUAUUCAAUUUGUUUCGAUUUGAUAUUAGAUUAUGAGAAUUUCGGUUCCAUCGCUAGUCGUAAGUUGCCGGUUGAGACUGAUGCAAGGUCGUCGACGAUUGUUUCAGGGUAAGCUGAACUAUUAACGCCUACCCCAUUAAAACUUUUUUGUAUGUAUUAUAACAUGAAUUUAAAGUAAUAGAUAGGAUUGAGUUAUUGAUUAUUGAUUAAUACAAAAGAAUUGUAAUUAUAAGACAUAAAAAUAAAUGAAUAUAAAUGUAAACAAAUAUA